GGUUCGCGCCUUCGUUUCGUAGCCGCGACGCCAUCGCUGUCCUUCCUCGGGAACACCAUCGCAUCCCCCCGUACGAUGCGACGUUGCUCUCCUCGCCGUCCUUUCGACUUCUCCGCCUUCGUGGUGGUGCCUCUCUGUCUUCUCUCGCCUUGUUGCCUGUCCCGUCCGACACCCCGUCUGCCUUCUCCCGUACUCUCCGCCUUUUCUCGCCCUGUUGCCUGUCCCGUCCGCCGUCCCGUCUGGGAGGUGGCGUUGUGCCGUCGGUCGUGUGGGCCGCGACUUUUCCUCCACCACACGUUCUCGGCUGUACGGCCCGGCGUGGCUUCUUCCUACGGUUGGAGGUUUGGGCGUCUGUGGUUCCGAAGGUUCUUCUUGGAGAUGUGGAAACUGGGAAGGACAUAG